CAACUGUAGUGGGAUAUAUACGACCAGCGCCUUACAACUGUCACUGCUAACCAUUCUCAUCUCGUCUUCCAAAGUCACUUUUUAUAUUAACCUUUGCUUCAGUUGCCUUAAAUAAGUGGUCGAGGAGAACUUUCCUGGUUGGCUUUGGAGGACUUGAAGAAGGAAUGACGUUGAUCACUGCCAUUUCCAGUUUUUGUGCUAAUCUAUUCCAACCUGCUUUCACUUUUGGUUGAUACAUAUAUGUACAAUAAUCUCUUGUCUUCUUCCUGGUGAGAUACAUAACUCACGACGGGCCAGAUAAAUCAUUUCACGAGUCGUAUUAGAAGUAUAAUGUGCAACGAUAUGUGUGCACCAGUAAUGCUACUUCGACAACCUUACAAUUAGAUUUACCAGUAAAGGCCUUUCGUCUUCCGGGAUAGCAAUUACUGAAUAGUCAAUCAUUUAUUGGUGGUUACUCUGCUACAUUCAGACACAAAGAUGUCGUCUGAUCCUGUAUUCAUCCAAGUCUUGUCUGCCAUUCCGGUUCUAAAGUACUUUGCAGACUUUUACCAUCAAGUGAUUCCUGAAGCUGAUAAUCGCACAGCGUACUGGCCGAUGAUGAGCUCUCCGGAUAUUCCUGUAGCCAUCGUGCUUGUAUAUUUAUUCAUCGUGGUAUUUUUCGGGCCUUGCUGUAUGCGGUACAUGAAAGUCCCAGAAGUCAAUAAAGUGCUCGUGGUCUACAACAGCUUUGUGCUCACUCUUAACCUGUGGUUGGGAAUAUCGUUAACAUGGCAUAUCUCAAAAGGUGGAUAUCAAUUGAGCUGUCAGAAAGUCGGAGUUGUUGAUACGAACGAGAACGCCAUUUCGUCUCUCCUUUGGAUUUUUCAUUGCUCUAAAAUCAUUGAAUUGAUUGACACCCUGUUCUUGGUCCUAAAAAAGAAAGGAAAUCAGCUAACCUUUCUCCACUUGUACCACCAUUCCACCAUCGUAGUGGCCACUUGGAUCGGGGUGAAAUUCGUUCCUGGUGGCUCAUCUGCUGUCAUUGCAAUGGUCAACAGUUGGAUACAUGUGUUCAUGUAUUUUUACUAUGAAAUGAUGGUUCUUAGGGUAAAGACAUUCCGAAAUUACAAGAAAUUUGUAACAAUCUUGCAAAUUGUUCAGUUUUUGGCCACGAUUGUGCACUGUAGCACAGCAUUAAGAAAAGCUUGUGGUUACCCUCGAUGGAUUCUGACAUGGUUGCUCCUCUACAUGAUUUCCUUCCUCGUUCUCUUUGUUCAUUUUUACGUUCAGACGUACUGGAAGCCUAAAAAGGGAGAAAAUCCAAGUGUUCCUAAAAGAAUAGAUGAGUUGGAAGAAAAUGGGAGGAACGAAUUAUGGGAGAAAAAUCAUCAAAUUCAAAAUUCUGCAUUUUCCGACGAUGAAGAUCAAGAUUGCGGCUAUGAGGAUGGGAUUGAUCGAGAUGAUGAUGUCGAACUUGCACAAAAUGAAGAGUUAACUCAAACACUUACAUUUUCCACCACUACAGAAAAUGAGGAAAUCAUGGGAAGCAAUGGAGACUUUGACAUUGUGCAGUGGGAUAAUUUGGACGAAUCUGACAUUAUAAUUUCCUCUGAUGAGUCUUCCGACUCUGAGAAAGACGGCCUCCUGGAAGGAAAAGUAGUUCGCGACGAGAAAGACGACAAGUUUGUAAGGAAGCUUUUCACUUCCAGUGCAGUGCAGUCCUCUUCUUAGGAUUAGAGGAGAGAUGAAUUUAGGGCAUGGACUAUUGUGUAGCCCUAAUUAUAGAUGUACUGCCAACAACCAUAACUCAUAUUUUUUGACCAGUUUUAUUAGUUACAAGUGAUGCUUCUUACAUAUUUCCUAGCAUUAGUGUUAAGCUAAAAUACGGUAAUAUUGACAUUCAUGAAAAAAUGAGAUUUCUUUACCCAGAUACAUACCUUAAUUUUGUAGUGGUAAAACCAGUACUGAUUUUAUAUUUAACUAUGUAACUAAUUUUAUGUAACUAAGUUAUGUAACAAGCACCUGAUUUGUUUUCCUAACAGUACUAAAAAUGUAAUGUCUGUGCUAGACGGAGGAAAUUAGACAACCAAGAGAUACAUCAACGACCAUUUUUUGUACACGGGGUUUACUUAUGGUUAGUAGUUGUUGUUGUACCGUAAACUUUAUCAAUUCCUUAUUUGCUACCCAACUCAUAAAGAGAAACAUAAAAUAAGAAACUAUAAAAAUUGCAAGGUAAUACAAAAAAAAUUACAAAUCUAUAGGUCUACGGGUGUACUAUCCGGAUUAACUUUUGGCUAUACAUUAAUUAUACAACCAACAUACACACAGUUGUAAAAGUAAUUUUCAACUUUUAUGUGAUUUCAAUACAAAUCAGCAUUAUUGAAUUGUAGGAAUAGUUAUAGGAAGGCAUUGGAAAAGCCACUAUGAGACCUUGCGUUCGUUCAAGUAUGUACACUGUUCGAAAUUCUUGUAGGUAAUUUGUGCUUGUCCUACAAGUAAAAUGUGUAGAAAAUGAUAGCAAGACUUUAUUUUCUAAAAGAGUUUUUCAUUUCGUAAUCUGCUGACUCGUUAAUGUUGGGUCUUUCAAGAGUUUAAUACUACAAUCUGCGCACACUUGUAUGAUAAUUGUAUGUGUUGAAGAGUUGAGAUGUUGUACGUAUUUAGUAGUAGUCUGAAUGAAUAAUAAACACAAGCAAUACCCACAGCUCAAA